AUGCUGAUUAUCAUCCUGGCUGAGGAGAGAACUCAGGAGAAACGUUUGUGGCUCCAGGGAACAGGCCCGAAUGGAUCCUUCAGCCCAGCACAGAUCCGGCUGCCGCCCGAGGUCAAUCGGAUCCUCUACAUCAGGAACCUGCCGUAUAAAAUCACCGCGGAGGAGAUGUACGAUAUUUUUGGGAAGUACGGGCCCAUCCGGCAGAUCCGAGUUGGGAACACUCCUGAAACAAGAGGAACUGCCUACGUGGUCUACGAGGACAUCUUUGAUGCCAAGAAUGCUUGUGAUCACCUGUCGGGGUUCAACGUGUGCAACAGAUACCUGGUUGUUCUCUACUAUAAUGCAAACAGGGCAUUCCAAAAGAUGGACACAAAGAAGAAAGAGGAGCAGCUUAAGCUUCUCAAGGAAAAAUACGGAAUUAAUACAGACCCACCAAAAUAA